AUGUUCACCCUGUCUGAGGAGUCCAAGGAGCGCAUCGGCAAGCUCAUCGACGUUGCCCGAGUUGCCAUCCACUACGGCUACCUGCCCAUGGUCCUUUACCUUGCGAGCCUCGACCCUCUCUGCACCGUCUGCUGUCCCCGCUCUCUUAAGCAUGAGGCGAGACGGAAGUUCGGCUGGGCAGAAGAUUUGAAAGUGUAUCAUACCGAGACGGUAGCUGGGGUGAAUCGGCGCUCAAUGCGAAGCUCAAGCGCAAGGCCCAUGGCUUCAGCUCGUGGUGGACAAUCUGCAUCGUCCCUAAGGCAUGGGAAAUGGAAGGCAUUGCGCGAGGCGGACAUGACCACUCCAUUGGAAACAAGAAGAUACCAAGAGUUCUGGCAGCGAAGCCAGGGCAUGUUGAUCGGUGUAUCUGCCCGUUGCGGCUCCUUUGACGUGUUCGUCUCGAUUGCGGUCAAACUGAAGGAUGAGACUGCAAACACUGAAGUGACCAAGCACUAG